UUUGACCGUGCGCUUCUCCAUGUCAGCUGAUAUUUUCCUCAGUGAUGCGAUUUUCGUCUGUCAAGGAGGGAUAAUGUCUCGAUCAUCGCUAGUUCACGUCGGCGCGACGGUGUUAGCUCAUUAGUACGGAUCGAUAUGUGUUAUACUUCAGCUUUCAGUCGUCCAUCUAACUGACAGAUUGAUAGGAAUUAGCUACCGAAAAAGAGAGACCACCCCAGAUGGGACUCGAACCCACAAUCCCUGGCUUAGGAGGCCAGUGCCUUAUCCAUUAGGCCACUGGGGCUGUACAUCGUAGUAGUAUGGACUUUUGCAACUUAUCUAGUCAUUGUUCUUGUAUACCUCCAAGUUUUAUUUUCUGUGUUGUGGUUUUAGAGGAAGACUCGUCUUUUUUUUUUUUUCAAUCAUACAUGUUUAUGAAAACUGUUUUAGUUUUGUUUUAGUAUGUCCAGGCCGUGGAGCCGAGUGACGCGUAACCAUGGCAAAAUGUGUACUGCUUGUGGGCUGAUCCAUCAUACUCAGGAGAGAGGGGAGUUUGUGUAAUUUCUUGUGCUAAUUUUAUGAAAAGACCGUGUUCAUACGCGCUAAAAUCAAGGAAUAGAAAGCGAACUUGCUGUUCACAUUGUCCGAACUUUACUAAUGUCGGCAAACAUGUCGAGUCACUCUAAAUUAAAGAAGUGCAUCAUUGUGGAGUAAUUCUUUAGCAGAAACAUGGAAAGUCCACGCUUGCGCAGUAAAAACAUGGUAUUGUUGGAGCAGAAAGAAUGCAAACAACCCCGUUAAGAAAUUGAAUAAGUAGUCUGUAUGGAGGUAAAUAUAUGAGCUUUAUUCAUUCAGUCAGAUAACAACUUCUAACCCACCGGUGAGGCAUUCUCCAGUUUCGCUUAAAUGUAAGGUAUGAGUAGAGCACGUAGCUAAUGAGUGUUAGCCGCUUAGCCUGUACCGUGUGCGAUGGUAGAUUGGAAUAAUCCAUAGCUGUGUGGUGUUGUUGUGUGUAAACUACUGAUGCUAUUGUUGGAUUAACAUCUUUCUUACAGAACCUAAAAAGCUCCCUAAGGAUGCCACUCUUUGGAAACACGUUUAGUCCCAAGAGGACCCCAGCUCGUAAAUCUGCAUCCCUGUCCAGCCUUCACACUGUAAGUCUAGAGGACCAGCUGAUCUUUGGCUCUGUGGUCAGGUCAGAAAGACUAUUUUGAUAUAGUAUGCUGAUGAAAUGUUUCAUGUAAAAUAAAGAAAGUUAUUUAUUGUUGAUUUCAUGUCAAAAAACACUCAAGAGGAUUAGUAAAAGUGUGGAGAUAAAGAGGGACCGAUGAAACUGUUUAAGAGGGACUACUUUCUUGUGAAUAAGUCUUCGCUUUUAUUAAAACAUACUGAUUGGACCUUUUCUUCUUUCCUUCUUGCCUUUUCUAGUUGGAUCAUUCCACAAGGGAAGUAGAGCUCGGUCUUGAGUAUGGGCCCCCUGUGAUGAACAUUGGUGGUCAGAGCUGGAAAUUUGAGGAAGGACAGUGGAUAACAGGUAAUAUCUGAUUUGAUUUAUUUGAUUUGAUUAAUUUGGGAUCCCCAUUAGCCUUGACCGAGCCUCAGCUAUUCUUCCUAGGGUCCUUAAACCAACUCACAAUAAAUCAAUGCAAAUAUCUCAUAUGUAUAAUACGCCCCAUGUAAAAAAAAAACAACAAUAAUAAUAAUAAUAAUAAUAAUACUACAUAAAAUAAAAACAAACAAAGAAACAAAUAGAAUACAUACAAAUACACAAUACAACAAUACAUAAACAAUAACAGAUAGCUCCUUAGUCAGAGGUCAUGUAAAGUAUCUAUAUAUCCUGUAAGCACUAUAUAUACAUAUAUAUACACACACACACACAUUAUUAUACAUAUAUAUAUAUAUAUAUAUAUAUGUGUACUCACAUAUACAUACAAACAUACAUACACACACACAUUACUUGCCAUCUAAAUAUCAAAUUUUACAUUUCUGUUGAGAAAAGGUGUUUCUUGACUAAGUUCUUAAAAGUGAUUUUACUGUCGUCUUGUGUAAUGUUUUCUGGUAAUUUGUUCCAUACUUGCAUGGCUUUGUACAUGACCAUCCACUUUAUUAUGUUUGUUUUUGUUUUGGGUAGUGUAAAUUUUCCACUAGUCUUUGCACUUGAUGAACAAAUAAACACUAUCACAGUGAGUAAAUUAAUUUGCUCCAUGUUGGCAUGAUUACUGUUGGUUUCUGCAUGGCAAGUAGGGUGUGAAUCCUGAUUUCUUUUUGUAUUUGUUACAUCAGAAUCAGGCGGGAAUACUUCUGGCAGGGAAUUGCAGCGACUCAAGAAGAGAAAUGUCCAGCUGGAGGAAGAGAACAACCUCCUCAAACUCAAGAUUGAAGUCCUCUUGGAUAUGGUAAGAUUCAGUCAGCUUUCAGACACUCUCAGAUGUACUAUGCACUGUCAUGCACAUGGUCAACUGAUGAACUGUAGUGAUGGGCGGCAUAAAGUUAACAAAUCUUUCUCUUGCAGUUAACAGAAACAACUGUGGAGUACCACCUGAUGGAGAAAGAAGUAGAAGGUAUAAAGACUCAACAUCGGAAGAAGAAAUGACAGACCUGAUCCGUUGCCUUCAUUCAAACACUUGCCUGUCAUACUUAAAGUUUGAUGAUGAAAAAAGUUACUUUGCCUUUGGUUUUGUUUGCAAAAACACAUAAAACACCUGCUUGUUAUUUCUCUGCCCAUUUUACGUGUACUAGAAGUAGCUGCAGUUGGUGAACAUUUGAGACUAUUUGCUUUUGCUCUGUCCUGCAUUUUUUGUUCUUAAAAUCUGAAACUACUGAGCAAAACUCAUAAAAUUUUAUACUGUUCACAUGUGUUUAUCGAGUGAUUAAUAACACCUUUUUUUGUAUUUACAUUUUGUAUUCAAAUAAAAUAUACAACCCAUCAUAUGAGGA